ACCAUAUUUGUUAUGAUUCUAGUUCAACGGGGAGUACCCUAGUUUUGAUUUCCCCGAAUUGACGGACAAGAAGACAGACAUAACGAAGUGACCCUUUAAUGUUCCUUUUUUCUUUUGACAUACAGAACCAUAAAAACGUUCGUUUUAUGAAGAAAAUAUCACUAGGAAACCUGUAGGUAUGAUUGAGUUCUCCAUAAUGUUCUCAAAGCUAUGUGAAGACUGCCAAUCCGCACUUAGCCAGUAGGAUGGACUUUAGCCUAGGAUUCAGGCUAUUCUGAGAGGAUCCUCGUGCUCACUAGUGGAACCAGCGAUGGUUUGAGGUAAUCACUUGGUUCGGAAAUACGAGUAGGUUCUGCAAGUAAAUUUAAAUGGAACAAGCGUAGUCUUUCUUACCUACUGGCAAUUUUUGACUCGUCCUGUAUUUACGUCUUCUGUUAUUCUUUUUUUUUUCUGAUUUAUCAGUAUUCCCAAGUAACAAAGUUACGCCGGAUGGAUCACCUAGUUAAAAAUGUCAACAUGCAUUUCAGAAAUAGUUAUUACAAAUAUUUUUAUUACUUAUUUUUGCUCCAAUAUAAAAACACUUUACUGUGCCAUGGCCUUAUACAUACCUCAUCCUAGCUAAUAACAAUGAACGUAAUCAUUAUUAGCCGAUAUGGUUUGGUAUUCGACUUGCUAUUAAUAUUCAACCUUAUUAAUUUUUGUGUAUCAAUAUUUUUCCCUCAUGUGUAUCCGCGAGUAAAACUCGAAGCCAAGCCUCCCGGUCCAGCCGGCGAGCCGCUGAUACUCACCCCGUAUGUAGAGACAGGAGAUGUGCAACUCGCACGAAACAUAUCUCGCGUGCCUCUCACUGACGACAUAGGCGUUACAAGCCACGCAGGAUUCUUCACCGUGGACGUCAAGUACAAUUCCAAUUUAUAUUUCUGGUACUUUCCGGCUUUCUCUAAGAACAAAGCAGCUCCGGUUAUCCUAUGGUUGCAAGGCGGUCCGGGAGCAAGUUCCUUGUUUGGAUUAUUUACAGAAAACGGACCGUUAAACGCUACAAAAGAUGAAUUCGCUCUCAGGAAGUAUCACUGGGCACUCGAACACAACUUAAUUUUCAUAGAUAAUUCAGCGGGAACUGGAUUUAGCUUCACAGAUGAUGAGAAGGGUUACUGCACCGAUGAGAAGUGUGUAGCUGAUGGAUUGUACAAUUGCUUGCAACAAUUUUUCAUAAUGUUUCCUUCUUUGAGGAACAACGAGUUUUACAUCACCGGCGAAUCCUAUGCAGGGAAAUAUAUUCCAUCCAUAGCUAUGAAGAUUCACCAACAGAACUCCCUGGGUGAACUACAAAUAAACCUCAAAGGCUUAGCUCUAGGCAAUGCAUACUGUGAUCCCAUCAACCAGAUAGACUAUGCCAGCUAUUUGUAUCAGCUUGGCUUGAUAGAUUUUAAACAAAAUAAGUUAUUCCUCAGAAUGCAAUCUGCAAUAGUAGAUGAAAUCCAGAAAGAGAAUUGGGACCAGGCUAACUCGCACAGAGCACUAUUAUUUCGCUCAUUCCGCAACUCAACAGGAUUUGAAAACAGCUAUAACUUUUUAGACCCAACCAAGCCUGACAUGGAUUCUUAUGUUGCGCUCUUGAAUGAUGAUAGAAUAAGACAGAGUGUACAUGUCGGGGGACUGUCUUAUAAUUCACAAGACAUGAUAGUGUAUGCUUACUUAAAGAAUGACUUGUUGAAGUCUGUUGCUUCAGACAUAUCAGAAUUACUAUCUCACUAUCGCCUUCUAUUUUAUAACGGCCAGUUGGAUAUAAUAGUAGCAUAUCCGUUAACUGAGAGCUUUUUGCGUAACUUGGAGUUCUCGUCUGCUACCGAGUAUGAAACAGCUGCGAGGCACAUUUGGAGGGUGGGUGAUGAAAUAGCAGGCUACAUGAAGCAGGCUGGUAACUUGACGGAGGUGCUGGUCAGGAACGCGGGCCACAUGGUGCCGCAUGAUCAACCGAAAUGGGCUUUGGAUAUGAUCACUCGUUUUAUAAAGAACACACUCUAAUAACAUUAAAUACCUUAUUCUUCGCACCUUCACAUUUUAAGAAUUUGUUAUUAGGUUCGCGGAAUACUUACGACGUUUUAGUUUCAGAUUCGUUGUGAAACAAUUAUUUGUGAAGUAUACGUUUGUUGGUCAACAUUAGUUAGAUAAUCGGGAAACUAAGUAAAUAUGAUAAAAGGUCGA